UCAAUUGUUAACUAUCUUAUACCAACUGGAUUUAUUGCAAGAUUACAACAACAAUCAAAUGAAUCAAACAAUAUUAAUAAUAAUAGAUUAUAUUGUAACUCUAUAACAUUGGAUUCAAGUGUAUUCAUUAUAAGAUCAAUUACAUCAACAUCCAAAUUAGUAUCAUUGAUGCAUAUUGAUCUUUACUCUGGCUCAAUAUCAUCAUAUCAAUCAUUGCUCACAUCUGAAUUGGAUCACCAUCUUUCAAUAGCCACUUCCACUGCCACUGAUGCUGCCACACCCACUGCCACAGUCACUGUUUGGAGAUGUCAUAAUAUACCAAUAUCAAAGGAGCCAAAGGCUAAACAACAACAAACAAAUAGAGAGAUAGAUGAUUUGUGGAUAAAGGUUGUCGAGAAACAUUCUGCCGCCUCCUCUCAUGGUAUCAAGUUCAUGGAGAUCAAUGUGGUGGAGACUGCGUCGAUAUCAUUGAAUGAUGAAGCACCUCUACUUCAUCGCAUUCCAGAACAAUCAUUGCAACAGUGUCCAAUCGAUGAGACACUAAUCAAAUCUGUUGUACUCUUGAAUGAUAUAAUGUCCUUUCCUGUCAUGUCCUGGCUAACUAACAACGACAACACCCAUCCAUCAAUCCAACCAUCUUUAGUCGCCAUUGCCAAGUACCGCGAAUUCCUUAGAAUACCUGCGAUGAAACAACAAAAGGUCGGUGUGAAUGAUGUCUGUCCUUGCAAGUCGGGUCAGAAGUUUAAGAAAUGUCAUGGCGCAACCGGUAACUCCAAACAGUACUACUCGUACCCUACAUCCGACACCUCUUCCGCCACGACCUCGACGACUAAGUCAACAACAACAUCCAAGUCGACAAGA